GGGGUCAAGAAUCAUUCCUACCUGACCCUUUAAAAGGGGAGCGACGCCAUUACUCUAAUGCCCUUCGACAACACCUUCUUUUGCUCGACCAGGGCAUAAACCAUAAAGGCGAUACUUCACAAGGAAGAUCUAAGCUAAUCUAUAACUGCUAACCCGAUGUGCUUUAACAUGCGGAGACGGACAAAUAACGCGACACCGACGCGCUCGGUAACGAUGCGGCGACGACUCACGUUGAAUUCCGAGCUUGGGACCAAUUCGAUUAAAGCGCUUAAGCGAGCAAUCGCUCUAGCUUCAUUUAUCACGCCAACAGCUGUGCACUUCCAAGAUGGAGAAAAGGAAGUAUAUCUAAGCGCUGCUAUUCAACGACAUCUACGAAAACUUUACGACUCCCUUCGUCGAGGGGCACCUUUCUUAUCACGCCAAGCCUUUGAGGACUUCCUCGAAAUCGUCCAGGGCAAUAAAACUCCAGUUUUAACGGAGGAGAGAUAUAAUUUUGAGAAGUUUCUCGAAGUGUGGUGGCUAGAGUUCGGUCUUCAAGCAGAAAAGCCCAUCUCCUUCGAACAAAAAGACCUCUCGAAACCUAUAAGCAAUUAUUUUAUUAGCAGCAGCCAUAACACGUACUUAUCCGGCAAUCAGUUGUCUGGCCGAAGCACAGCGGAUGCUUACAGGCGCGUUCUUAGAAGAGGAUGCAGGUGUGUGGAGAUAGAUGUAUGGAAUAGUGAUUCGCAAAACUCCACGCCAGAUAAUCCAAGAGAAGCAUCGGCGAAGCCCACUUCGAGAUUUGAACACGUUCGUCACCUCUCCGGCGGAAGUCUACAUACAGCUGCCGCUCAUUUCAAGGAUGCUGUAGAAGAGACAGUUGAGAAAGCUCGGCUAAGGCUAGGUGUCGAGAAAGUCCACAGCCAUAGUCCAAGAUGCAGCAAAUCCGAGCUGGCGCCGCCGCCGUUCGGCCGAGAGAUUGGUGCUGCCCUUGAUCCGGCCUCCCUAGCCAGCGAACUUGACGCUGAACGUCUAUCCAUAAGAUCUAGACCAUCAUUACCACCGGACGAACCGAUUGUGAUGCACGGUUAUACCCUUACAACGCCCGUUGGAUUCCGUGAGGUUUGUAAAGCCGUCCGCGAAGUGGCCUUCGAGACGACCAAUUUACCCAUUAUUGUCAGUCUAGAAGUUCACGCCGACCAAGAGCAACAGGCUAUCAUGGUUCAAAUCAUGAAGGAAGAAUGGGCUGGUUUACUAGUCGAUAAGCCCCAUGAAAAUUGCCCAAAUGGCCGAAUGCCAAAGCUAGAGGAACUGCUUAACAAAAUACUCAUCAAGGUCAAGAGGGCCUCGCCAAGCUUAGAUGGGACUAUGUCUACGUUAUCCCCUCACAACACGAUUGAUGAUGAUGCAUCUGGGUCAGAGGAUGAUAGGUCUAUCCUCCAGAAUGGCGCUAAGAAGCCUAAGGUCCCUAUAUGCGAGGCUCUUAGUUCUCUUGCCAUUUAUACUCAUAGCGAGCACUUUACGAACUUCGAGUCGCCAGCUGCUAAAAUUCCCUCGCACAUCUUCUCUAUAAACGAAAACAAGAUUUUUGAACUCAUUGCUUCUAAGCACUUUGAGCUAUUCUCUCACAAUCGUCAUUUCUUUAUGCGUGCCUAUCCAAAGGGCUUGCGGUGGGACUCGUCAAAUCUGGACCCUUCGCACUUCUGGCGCAAAGGCGUACAAAUGGUAGCUAUGAAUUGGCAGUCUUGGGAUGAAGGCAUGAUGCUCAACGAAGCCAUGUUUUCGGGUGAGCAUGGUUGGGUACUGAAGCCACCAGGGUACCUCAGCGAAGACGCAUUUACAGCUCCAGAAGAUGCUGGUCCUCAGAGCACUCUCGAUCUAGUUAUCACCGUGCUCGCAGGCCAACAUAUUCCGUUGCCCGAGGGUACUCACAGUAGCAACUCAAGAUCCCUGAGACCCUAUGUAAGGUGCGAGUUACACGUCGAAAAGAUAGAAGAGCGGGUCGGAGCCUUUAUCGACGGGGGUGGUAGGGUCCGCGAAUGCGAAUACAAGCAGAAGACAGGGAUCGGGAAGACGGAUCACCCAGAUUUCGGCAGUGUCAAAAACGAACUUCACUUCCUUGGUGUCAAAAGGGUCAUAGAACAGCUCAGCUUUGUCAGGUUCAAGGUGGAAGAUGACGCGCCGCGACUCAUGUCGCUAAAUCGCGACCCAUUUCUUGGCUGGGCAUGCAUCCGUCUCGACCGUUUGGCGACGGGUUACCGCUUUAUUCAACUUUUAGACACCAAUGGCAACAAGACGCCGGGUGUCGUUCUCAUCCGCGUGGAUAAGAAAUUCCAUUGACGCAAUUUCAUUCGAACGGGCGGAGUCGGAGAUGGUAGUCACUGUGUUUGACACCGCUUAUGUGCCACAAGAUUAGCAGUCUAUUACUUGUCAUGUAUGACUGGGUAUACCGAAAACCAAAACCGAUGUCUUUUUUUUUCCCCUCGACCUACCCCGGCGCCCAUUUCCGAAACUAAUUUCACUUAUCAUUUUAUCAUUGCGACUAUUCAAUCACC